AGAAAAUUAAAGAGUAUUGGUUUGUGUGUUUGUUUCUGUGGAGGAAAAAAUUUCUUCAUUAGAUAAAAUUAAAAACAAGGCGAAUUCAUUCAGGAAAAGGGAGAUUUGUGAAUGCAGAAUAUAAAAAGUUGGUUUUAUAUUUGUCAAACUGAUAGUGUGGCUUAUUUUCGAAAUAUUAGUGAUUCGUCUUUUUGCCCCAUUUAGUGUACAUAUUACAACGAAUGAUUUGUAAAUUUAUUCUGUGUAAUAUUGUGGUAUGCCUUUCCAAGGUAUAGAAGAAAAAUAAGGGCUGAACCCUAAUAUGGCAACGAAUGACAAUGAUAUUGAAAAUGAUGUGGUUACAGAUUUCAUAAAUUCCAAUAUCUCUUUAAAUACUGAUCUCAUAAAUUCUAUGAAUGAAUUAAAUUUGCAAAGUCACUUACAAAAUACCAACAAGGGUCUUUUAACAAGUCAACAGCGUCCCUAUUGUGAAAGCCAAAAUUAUUGCAUUCCUAUUAUUAACACUCCACCAGUUCUCUCAGCUAAUAUCACCACCAACAAUAACAUGAUUCCUACAAUAAAUGUAACGCCUCAUAGUCCGGCCUCAGUAACCAAAUAUAACAACAUUUUCGAAGACACGCUUAAUCAAUUGCAAAAUAUACGUGAGACUGUGGUUCAAAUGAAAAAUUGCAGUGCUCACAUGCACGAUGGCUUUAACAGCUUUGGACCUAUUCAUGCUGCUAUUUUAAGCGCCUCUUUACCAGAUCUUAACGCUGUAAAUACUAGCGUUAAUGGAACACAUACCGCCUGUCAUUAUGUUAGAUGGAUGCCGCAGCAACAGCAAUACGUUCCUAUGAAUGAACGUCGUAGAUCCUGGACUACCAUUGACGAUCUGAAUAUAACAAAUAAAAGCAUCAGUCUAUCCAGCUUAGACAGUGAAGAGCCUGAGACGAUUUGUGCUACAGAUCAGCGCCGACGAUCCGCUAGAAAUAGCACUGGAGGCAUAUCAACACAUUCGCUAAAUGAGGCAGAGUUGGCUCGCGAUUUUCAGCGUAUUGCAGCAAAGCGUAAUCUCGCAACAGAAGUUCGUAUUCCAUUGCAAAAAAGCAUAUCUACUUCAUCGAUUGUUGCUAAGGAGGAGAUAAAAGCACGCCAUCUCUAUGACAGUGAGGAUGAAAAUCAAAGUCUUUUGCGUGCUCAUGUAAAAAUUGAGGCGUACGAAAAUGUCGAGAAACGCCGUAAGCGCGGAUCUCUCUUUUUUCGCAAAAAAAAAGAUAAGGGCAAGGUGAAGUCAGGAGCGCAAACUGGAACGUGCGAUGCAUGUGGUAGUAACAUAUCAAUCUUAAAUAUUAAGGAACAUCAAAUGGAAUGCAAAGGAAAAAAAUCAGGUGCUAGUAGUGGUCAAAAAAUGAUAUUAGUCGGCGUAAAAAAGGGUUCCGAUAAAGCGGAAAUCGGUCAAGAUUAUUACGAUGGAGUUGAUCAAGCCGGAAAUCUAAACGAUGAUAGUCCCUUAAUCCGUUCAGAAUUUCUUAACGACCCUCCCAUUGAAGUACAAGAUCUCGGUGCCGAUCCUAUACUGGGAAUUGCAGCUGAGGAGCAUGACUCAUGGUCGCCAAGCGUACCAAAAGAAGUAUUGAAGUCGCUCAAGGAAAAACAGAUUAAAAGACAGGAGCAUAUUUAUGAGUUUAUCAUGACUGAAAAGCAUCAUUGUCAGACCCUGCUUGUUAUGCAAAAGGUUUUCGUUGAAAGCUUAGAACGCCACUUCCCCUCAUUAAAUAUUAAUUAUAUGUUUCCCCGUUUAUCCGAAUUAACCGAGUUACAUAUAAGUUUUCUGAAAAAACUGCGUCAAAAGCAAAGGGAGCAAUAUGUCGUUGACAGUAUUGCUGAUAUAUUGCUAAAUUUUUUUUCUCUGGAAAAAGCGCAGCAUCUGAGAUUGGCAUAUGGUGAAUUUUGUGCUAACCACCGGACAGCACUAGAACAUUUCAAGGCGUGCAUGACCAGCCGUGACCAAACGUUUGCUGAGUGGUAUAAACAUUGCUUAUCCAACCCACUGCUAAAAAAGAAAGGAAUACCAGAGUGUAUACUCUUUGUUACACAGCGCCUUACCAAGUAUCCUUUGCUAAUUGAGCCACUUCUUAAAAGUGCUCGGGAGGAUAAGUUGGAAACAGAUAAGUUGCAGCAUGCGCUUAAUCUUGUAAAGGCCUUACUUAUAGACGUUGACGCAUGCGUUGCAGAGAAAGAGUUACAAGAAAGGCAACUUGACAUUUUCAAUCGCGUCGACCCGAAAUCAUUCACUAUUUAUAAAAAUAAGCCCUUCCGCAAAUCAGACAUCGGUGUUGAAUCACGUCGCCGACUGAAAUUUGAAGGGCUUGCUACUUUAAUGCAAGGACGUUCUAAAAUGCAGUUGGUAUUAGUUGUUGUACUUACCGAUUGUCUAUGCUUUCUUUGUGAAAACUCAGCUCAUAACAAGUACACAUUCUUUACACCAGAACAUAAGGCAGGCGUAGUGCCAUUACAAAAGUUACUGAUACGUGAGAAAGCGGGAACUGAAGCACGAGGCAUCUAUAUAAUUUCAUCAAACCCAUCUUUUCCAGAAAUGUACGAAUUAAAGGUGCAGCAACCGAAGGAUAAAAAUACCUGGAUACAGUCAAUACGGCAGGCUGUGCUGGAAUGUCCAUCCUCGGAUGUAAUUGAAACUGAAGAUCUUACAGCCGAGGAAAAGCUGCGUAUUGGAGUCAGCAAACGUGACCUUAUUGAUAAGAUAAGACAGAAAGAUAUUGAUCAUGCAAUUUUACUCGAGGAUAAGAUUUUUCUCCAAUUAAAUUUGCUUAAAGAACAAAAGCAUUUUUCUGAAGUGAAUGUUUCAUGUGGACCGAAUAACAGCAGUUUUAGCGGCAGUGGUGCUUAUGUUAAUGGAAGUACUGCUAAUGCAUCAAAUUUUCUUGCUACUUUUGGUUCGUACAAAGAUUUGGUUGGUGUGGACUGCAAUACAGUAGAAUUGUGGAAAUUUGUGUUGAACAUGGUGCAAAGCAUUAGUCAGUUGGCCGCUAUGGUAUACACGGCAUCUACUGGUUUACCGGUAUCGCGUUCUGUAAGUUCGGUUGGUGAAAAACAAAGUGAAAAUUAUGCGUCACCUACGUUACCUAAACGGGCUGAAACUUUUGCUGGUUUUGAUGAAAAACGUGGAAAAAAUAACUUUUCAUGUCGCGAUGCUUCAAAAAUGUCAGCACUGCAAACACUAACACCGCGGCUUCAAGAACUUGAAGAGAAACUUGAUUCAAAAACUACUGGUUCAUCAGUGGUCGCUUUGAAGUUACAAACCGCAGCUAGUGAAACGCAAUCUACGAGCGGACAUACAGCGACACUUGGAAGUGAAGAAAUUGCUAUCAAGGACCAUAAUUAUGCCGCAUUACAAAUAUCACAUCACCUUCAUACCCUGCUUUGUAUAGUAUCACAGCAAAUGACGACCAUACACAGCUUGCAACUGCAGUUGGCAUUGUAUCGGGAGAGUCCGCGCGGCGCUUACACUCAUAAUGAUCAACUAGAAGAACUACGAAAUUUGCAAGACAAAUUACAAGAAGAAAAGACUGCGUGGCUUCGCCAGAAAGAGCAACAAGAGCUAGAAUUAAAUGAAAAACAUUCGCAGCAAAUAAAACUUCAAGAACAAAUCAAAGCCGAACAGGAGGAUAUCAAACAACAGAGAGAACAACUUUAUCGUAAAAUGGAGUUACUUUCAAAUCAGGGAUUGCUACUAUCGCCAAACACUCCGUUGUUGAUUAAUAGCCCAUCUUUGCCUGUUGCUCCCUCUUCUACUGAUGAUACACACGACAGUCAUGACAGUACACACUUACAAAGCGAUUCAUCAACGCCAACUGCAUUACCACAGAGCACUGUUGAUCGACGGAAAGACAAAUGGCGGACAGCUUCGACAAUCUCUAAAACUCCGCCUGUUAAUUUACUUAGCGCUAAUAAUGCGCCAAAAAUAAACCACACUGGCAUUAAACAGAAAAUUCCAAUGAAAUUGUCUUCCCUCUCGUCAAGCACAUCUUUAGGUUCUUCUGGCAGCAGUAAAAUAGACAAAUCAGCCAGCUUCAAUGCGAGCGCCUCACAACAAAUGAGUUGCACUCAAAUGCUGCCACUCAAGUUGGCAGAUAAACGUUCGUCUACAUCAAAUUUUAGUACAUCACAAAAUGCGCACCAAAUCGUUCCCCAACACGCACGCACUGGCAGUUCGCCUGCAAUUAUUCAACAUCCCAAUACAAGAACAGCAACCUCACCACCACCAUCUACUGUGAGCGUAAACCGUACUGAUUCCACGUCUACACUCACUUUUGGCCAGCGACAAACCAACACAAGUACAACACCAAUAUCCUCGCGUAUUCCACAAACAUUGUCGACGUUGGAGAAUAGCGGUGGCUCGUCAGUUGGUACAAAUCCAUUUAACCUGCAUAAGAAAAAUAAUAACACAAAACCGGAUGAAGAAGAAAUUUACUUCUGACGCCCAUUUUCGCCAGAAAUUGAAAUUUAAGUGUAAGCUGAAAAUACAUUCCACUAUAUGUCUAAGCUCAAAAACGAAAUCUUACUAGCGUUUAAGCUAAAUAAUCUAUUGUAUGUGCUUAGUAGCAAAGUUGACAAAAUACAUGUUCACCAACGCAUUACAUGUAUCCCUACUUAACAUAUGUAUGUGCAUAUGUAUAUUGUAAAAAUCGGUACGAUUAUGUACAUAUAUUAGAAUUCACGUACUUGAAAUGUGAUGUUUGAAGAUUUCGGUUAGCUUGCAGUAAUAAAAGCAAAAUUAUUUAACUUAAAACCAUAUAAAAUUCCUUUCACGAAUUUCUGCAUUAUUGUUAUUAAUUACUAAGUCACAUUAUGUUUUUUUUUUUCGUUUUUUCGUAUUAUAACUAAUACAUAAUAAAUUGUAUAUACAGGGUGAUCCGAAUAUAGGUAUCUUUUUUGAGCUACAUUGUUUUGACAGUGACACCUUCUUAUCUCCAAAAUCUUCCGUCAGCCAGUAUCAUACCUGUGCGUAACGAGAAUGAAUGUCCUUACGCUUGAAUAACGUUAUGAAAAAUUGCAAACUCAGUUUCAAAGUAAAUGCUGUGUUGCCCACAUCGCGCACUUAUUGAAAAGAAGCUGUGGGCGAUGGACACUGUGAUUUGACGGCUAUGUUAGUAAAUACAAUUGGUGCAGAGAAAAAUG